GAAACGCCACCGACGCGAGCCACACACACGCGCGUUACACACCACUCCCCAGCAGCGGCAAAGCAGCCAGCGAGAGAUCGAGGCAAGGCAACCGCCAUGGCCACCGUCAGCGCCGCCGCGGCGACCUCCGUCGUUGCCCGCGCCGUCCUCGCCGGGCCACUUGGGCUGCCGCAGAUGAGGGCGAGGAGGAGCGAGAGGGUGAGGUGCAACUACUCCAAGGAGGCGGCGACACCGGCGGCGGCCGUCAAGGGAGCCGGCGCGUCGCUACUGGCGAUGGCGGCGACGGCGGCGCCCGCGAUGGCGCUCGUCGACGAGAGGAUGUCGACGGAGGGCACCGGGCUCAGCCUCGGGCUGAGCAACAACCUGCUGGGGUGGAUCCUGCUCGGGGUGUUCGGCCUCAUCUGGUCGCUCUACACCAUCUACACCUCCGACCUCGAGGAGGACGAGGAGUCCGGCGGCCUCUCGCUCUAGAGAGCCUCUAUACAUGUAAACAUGGUGGUUGUGAACGGUGUAAUUUGAGGAGAACGUACAUGGCUGUGUUGUAUCUAAACUGUUCCUAUUCUGAGAGAUGUUUUAGCAUCAGAUAAAGUACUUUCUCCAUGGGGGAUUGUGCACGCAUCUGGCAACUUAACAAGAUAAAUUUGCAGAACUCAGUUUUGGAUGGAA